AUGCCCGAGAUGGACCCCCAGGCGUACUCGGAGUUUUACAAAUACACCUCCGACCAGAUCUCGGCGCUUUCCUGGAACCCCAUUACCCAAACUCAUACUCCCUUCCGCGCCUCCCUAAAUCACAGGCACCACACGUGGGCCAAAACACACUUCUCUCACCCCGAGCUCUACCUGCGUCCCCAAUCGCUGCCCGAAAUCAAACUCAUCGUGACCCUCGCUCGUCAAAAUGGUAAAAAAAUUAUUGUUGUUGGGUCCGGGCACUCGCCAUCGGACCUGACAUGCACAUCGUCAUGGAUGGUGAAUUUGGAUGAUUUCUCGUCGGUGGUGGCGGAACGAAAGGAUGAGAUGCAGUUGGAACUUGAGGCGGGCAUACGGCUGCAUCAGCUAGCAGACGAGCUGGAGAAGCGUGGAUGGGCUAUGCCGAAUUUGGGGAGCAUCACGGCACAGAGUGUUGCAGGCGCCAUUGCGACAAAUACGCAUGGUUCAUCACUGAGGCAUGGGACGUUGGCGCAGGCAAUCAUUGGCAUUACUCUCAUGUUGGCGAGUGGGGAGAGCGUCAAGUGUAGCACAAUGGAGAAUAAGGAUCUCUAUCAUGCUGCGCUUGUGUCGCUGGGAGGUUUAGGUAUCAUCACUCAUGUCACAUUUCAGGCUGUUCCGGCUUACAACCUGAAAUGGCAUCAGGAUAUCAUAAAGACCCCCAAUAUGCUUGAAGCAUGGAAUAAGGACCUGUGGACUCGGGAAGAGUUUGUUCGGGUAUGGUGGUUCCCGUAUUCUGGGCGGUCUAUAAUCUGGCAAGCAGAUAAGACUGAGGAUCCCUUGCGAGAGAGACCACCAAGUUGGUACGCAGCGACUCUGGGACGGUUCUCCUACGAGUUUUUGCUGUACUUGGCAACUUGGGUACCGCCGUUUAUGCCGAUUGUCGAGAGGUAUGUGUUUUAUAUGCAGUAUGGGUGGGGUGAGGGCGAGACCGGGAAUGCGGUCCAAAAAAGCUAUGAGGCGUUGACUAUGGAUUGCCUGUUUUCACAAUUCGUUAAUGAGUGGGCCAUCCCUCUAGAAAAGGGCCCAGAAGCAAUAACUCGCCUGCAAGCCUGGCUAACCGGCGAUGCGGAAAAUAUUUCCGGCAUCCCUUUCUCCUCCCGUGGCAUCUUCGUCCAUGCCCCCAUCGAAGUCCGCGUCUCCGACACAACAUUGCAGCCCGAAAAGCCCUGGCUCGACCAAUCCUAUCAUUCGGGACCCACCCUCUACCUAAAUGCAACACUAUACAGGCCAUUCCACCGGAAUCCGCCCGAGUGGGAGAGGUACUAUGAGGCGUUUGAAUACCUCAUGAAAGAGCUCGGCGGUAAGCCGCAUUGGGCAAAGAACUUCACGACAGCCACAAAAGAGGAGUUUGGGCAGAUGUAUCCGAAGUUGGGCGAUUGGUGUAAGCUUAGGGAGGAGUUGGACCCACAGGGAGUGUUUCGAAGUGGGUGGUUGGAAAGGAAUUUGCUUCCGGAAUAG